AUGAGAGCCCCGUGGGUGCUGAUUUAUGGUCUCCUACUUUUCAUUCCUUUUGUAUUUGCCGGACCAGCUGCCUACGGGAUCUGCCAAGCCGGAUGUGCCGCCGUUGUGAUGGCUUGCUACUCGGCAGCAGGCUUCACUUGGGGAGCUACUAUGGGUGCUAGUGCGCCUGCCUCUGUCCUUGUAUGCAACUCGGCUUUUGGCACAUGCCAAGCAGCUUGUGCUGCUGCUCUAUUGGCACCGACACUCUGA